UCUUCCCCUCCAUUCCUCUCUCCCUCUGCGUCUGCCAGUCUUCCUCCCUAAAUCCCACCUUCCAGCUCCCUCGUCCCCCUGCGCCCUCCUGGAGCUCACACAAACCUUCUCACUUAAGAGAUGCUAUCGCUUCUCUGCCGUUCCCUCCUGCUCAUCCUUGCUCAACAGUGCUUCAGCAGGGCUCAGAACAAUGGGCAGCUGGCUCAGAGAGAUGGACGGGCUGCGGCUGAGAGGAGGCAGUUCUGCCAGUGGCCCUGCAAAUGUCGGGAAAGACCUCACUGUGCCCCGGGGGUGAGCUCCGUCCUGGACGGGUGUGGCUGCUGCAAGAGCUGUGCCAGGCAGAUUGGACAACCGUGCAAUGAGAGGGACGUCUGUGACCCACACAAGAGCAUGUACUGCGACUUCUCAGCGGACCAGCCAAGAUAUGAGGUCGGAGUGUGUGCAUACCUGAUGGCAGUGGGCUGUGACCUGAAUGGGGCCCACUAUGAGAACGGGGAAGCUUUCCAGCCCAGCCCCCUCUAUAAGUGCACAUGUAUUGCUGGAGCCAUCGGCUGUACCCCUGCUUUCAUUGAGAAGCCUGCCAGUCUCUUAGGCCCCGCCCCGCUGAUGGGCAACAUGCCAGCUGGCCUUCGCAGUGGCCAGAGCCCAAAGAAGCACCAGCAGGACACUGCCUACAUGUCAGCUUACAGGGAUCCUCCUUUAGCCUGGAAGAAGAACUGUCUGAUCCAGACCACCCCCUGGAGCCCCUGCACCAAAUCCUGCGGUCUAGGCAUCUCUGUGCGGGUCAACAACGACAACGGCAAAUGUGAGAUGAGGAAGGACCGCCGCCUGUGUCUGCUGCGACCGUGUGAGAAGAGUGUGAUGAAGACUGUUAAGGUGCCAAAGGGAAAGACAUGCCGGCCUAAAUUCCAAGCAAAGAAAGCAGAGAAGCUAACACUCUCUGGCUGCACCAGUACCAAGAAGUUUAAGCCCACGUACUGUGGUGUCUGCACAGACAAGCGCUGCUGUGUCCCCAACAAGUCACGCAUGAUCAAGGUCAACUUCACGUGUAAGGGAGGCUCCAACACACAGUGGAAGAUGCAGUGGAUAACGUCCUGCGUGUGCCAGAGGAAGUGUAAUGAUCCAGGUGACAUGUUUUCUGACCUGCGGUUGCUCUAACGGAAUCCAUCCAGAGACAGACACAGGAGACGAGCCCUGCUGGGACAGACUAAGGACUGAAAUGCAUAGUUUGGUUAUUAAGCUAUCCACAGCAGUGGCGAUGUGCCUCAAAAAAUCUCAAAAAAGACAAAACUGAAACUACACAACCUCAUUUCAUAAGGAAGAGUGGCUGGGAUCAUUAAAUUGAUGAAGAAAUACGUUGUAGUUAUGAUAAAAGCUUUUAUGAACCCCGUCUUCAGGACACAUAUGUGCAAUAACAACAAGGAGCAUGGCCAGUGCAGUAGCUGUAACAGCAGACUCAUUAACAGUACCUCAUAUUAUUAUGGUCAGGGAGCCAAAUCAGCUCAUACUACAGAUUGAGUUAAACUCUUUUUACAUGUUGUUCCUGCUUAUUUUUUCAGACAGGGAAACAUUUAAUCAGGUCAUAAAUUAGACAAUAUUGAUAUAUAACUUAUAAAAGGUAUAUACAAAAGA